CCAUUUGGCCUGAACAGUUACCGCUAAACCGUGGGGUUGAAGGAACGUUCUGCUCGACUUCAUUGUCUGUGCUCGUGGCUAAGAGUGACGCGAGAGAGAGAAAUAAAGCGGAAAAUAAUAAUAACAGGAUUAUGGAUUUUCGUUAGCGGGUCUUUUGUCUCUUGAGCAAUAAGCACGCGUCGCGACGGCUCUUGAAUGGACUCGAGCGAGGGCCUGACCGCGCUCUAGACGCCCUCGAGUCGACGAUGGUAAGUGUGGGCGCCUGGGACAGCCUCAGCUCGGCCAUGGCUCGCACUCCGCUCAAGCACUCUUUCUCCAUCAACUCCAUCCUGCCGGAGACCGCCCUCGACAACCCUGUGGAACUCCCGAGGGAUGUCCCCACGCCGAAGGAUGAACUCCUGAUGUUACGGGCGCGGCGAGCCCGCUGGCCGGUGCGAUGUCGGACUCGGAGGUGGAGGACCAGUCGGAGAAGGACGAGAAGGACUCGAAGAAGGGCGCGGGCGAGGACAAGAAGGAGGGCGACGAAAAGAAGAAGCACGAGAAGCCGCCGUUUAGCUACAACGCCCUCAUCAUGAUGGCCAUCCGGUCGUCCCCCGAGAAGCGGCUCACCCUCAACGGCAUCUACGAGUUCAUCAUGAAGAACUUCCCGUACUACCGCGAGAACAAGCAGGGCUGGCAGAACUCCAUCCGCCACAACCUCAGCCUCAACAAGUGCUUCGUCAAGGUGCCGCGCCACUACGACGACCCCGGCAAGGGCAACUACUGGAUGCUCGACCCCUCGGCGGACGACGUGUUCAUCGGCGGCACGACGGGCAAGCUGCGGCGCCGCUCCACGACGGCGUCCAGGAACCGCCUCGCCGCCUUCAAGCAGUCGCUGCUCGGCCGCUUUGGCUGCUACCCGCCCUUCGGCCUGGCGCCCUAC